GUUUACAUUCCCUGCUCCUGCCCUCUCAGCCAUAUUGAAACGGCAGUUUCCGUCUUUCCGACUUUGGCUGCCCGGGAAGGUGGCAGAAGAACUUCAAACUAACGCUUCUUGAAUUUGGAAUUUAAAUAUUUUGGUCGUUGGAAAACUUACCGGAGAUUGUGGCUUUGCGUCUACAGCCGUUGAUCAGUUGCUUUGAGGCGUCUGAAAGAUGGUGGACCGCUUGGCGAACAGUGAGGCCAACUCUAAGCGCAUCGGGUUUGUGGAAGCAUGCUUUGGCACUGCAGGUCAACCGCUGGCCAUCCCAGGCCGAGUGCUCAUCGGGGAGGGUGUUCUCACAAAGCUGUGCCGCAAAAAGCCCAAAGCCCGGCAGUUCUUCCUCUUCAAUGACAUCCUGGUGUACGGCAACAUCGUCAUCCUGAAGAAGAAAUACAAUAAGCAGCACAUCAUCCCUCUGGAGAGCGUCACCAUAGACACUGUGGAGGAUGAGGGCGAACUACGCAAUGGCUGGCUCAUUAAAACGCCCACCAAAUCCUUCGCCGUCUAUGCUGCAACAGCAACAGAGAAGUCCGAGUGGAUGAGCCACAUCAGCAAGUGUGUUUCGGACCUGCUGGAAAAAAGCGGGAAAUCUCCCACCGGCGAGCACGCAGCGGUCUGGGUGCCCGACUCGGAAGCGACCGUGUGCAUGCGCUGCCAGAAGAUGAAGUUCACCCCCGUCAACCGCCGCCACCACUGCCGGAAGUGCGGCUUCGUCGUGUGCGGCCCCUGUUCAGAGAAGAAGUUCCUGCUGCCCAGUCAGUCGUCCAAACCAGUGCGUGUGUGCGAGUUCUGUUACAAGCAGCUCUCCACAGGCGCCACCCUUCCCUCCCACUCGGACAGCCGGCAUGGUUUGGAGUUUUCCAGCAACAACAUGUCGGACGACGACGAUGAAGACGACAGCAGUGACUAAGGGUCACUUUUAGGAAUACUGACAAUUUACAGAUCAUAUCUUGAUAUUUUAGUCUCGCUAAUUUUCAUUCAGGGUUUGCAAAGGUUCCUGUGGCAAAAA